AUGCAUUCCAUUAAUUGCGCUGCAGAUGAUGACCCUCUGCCUAUUCCUCAUGAAUUUUACCAGCCAGGUGACCUCCUCAUUGGUGGGAUUGUCUCUCAGGUCUUCAACUUCCACAAUACUCCUGAUUUCACACUGCAACCUGCUCAGAUGUUGUUUAAUGAGCAUAUCUCAGUACCAAAGAACUACCAGCAUAACUUGGCUUUGGCAUUUGCAAUAAAAGAGAUUAAUGAUAAUCCCAGUCUUUUACCUAACUUCACAUUGGGUUUCCACAUCCUCAACAGCUAUUAUGUCCCACGGAUGACCUACAAAGCCACCCUCAGCUUGCUUUCCACCCAGUGGAAGUUUAUACCGAAUUUCAAGUGUGAUACGCAAAACAAGCUUGUAACAAUCAUUGGAGGACAUACCGCUGACAUUUCAGUCAAUGCAGCUACUAUUAUUUCCAUCUACAAGAUACCACAGCUCACUUACGGAAUAUUUUCACACGAGUAUGGUGAGGAGAUGCUAUUUCCUUAUCUGUAUCAGAUGGUCCCAAAUGAAGCCUCUCAAUUCAUGGGAGUUGUCCGCUUACUUCAGCAUUUUCGAUGGACAUGGAUUGGGCUUGCAGCUACCAAUGACGAUGAGGGAGACAGAUUUUUAGAAACCAUUGCACCAUUGCUUACUGAGAAUGGACCCUUUGUGUCAUUGCCACCUGUGCAUAAAGUGUGGAUUCUUACAUGCCAAUGGGAUUUUGCAUCCUUUUCCUUUGAAAAGAACUGGGAUGUAGAAAGUUUCCAUGGGGCCAUAUCCUUCACAGUGCACUCCAAUCAGCCACCUGGGUUCCCAAAAUUCCUUCAGGACAUCAGUCCUACCUGGGCAACAGGAGAUGGUUUCAUGAAGAACUUCUGGGAGCAGGCAUUCAGUUGUUCAUUGAAAAAUUCGGAUGUUCUUGGGGACAGCAACAAAACCUGCACUGGUGACGAGAAGUUGGAGAGCAUUCCAAUGAUUUUGUUUGAAAUGAGCAUGAUGGGCCACAGUUACAAUGUCUACAAUGCUGUCCAUGCUGUGGCCCAUGCUUUACAUGGCAUCUACAUCUCCAGAUCCAAGCACAGAAGACUCGCAGGAGGAGGGAAUGUGCAACUAUGGCAGAUUCAUCAUUUUCUGAAGAAUAUGAUGUUCAACAACAGUGCUGGAGAUACUCUGUCCUUUCAUGAAAAUGGAGAAAUGAAAACUGGAUUUGAUGUGACAAACUGGGUAACAUUCACUAAUGGCUCUUUUGCUAGAGUAAAAGUGGGGCGAUUGGAUCCCUGGGCACCUGCAGGGGAAGAGUUAACGCUUAGAGAAGAUCGAAUUGUGUGGCAUAAAAGCUUUACCCAGGGGCAGCCUGUUUCUGUUUGCAGUGGCAACUGCUAUCCUGGCUCCAGCAGGAAAAAGAGGGAAGGAGAGAAAUUUUGCUGCUAUGAUUGUGAUCCAUGCCCACAAGGAAUGAUCUCUGAGCAGAUGGACAUGGAUUCCUGCAUGAAAUGUCCACAAGAUCAGUAUUCCAACAAACACCAAAAUCAAUGCCUUCACAAGGACAUAAGCUUCCUCUCAUUCAAAGAAUCUUUAGGAAUCAUUUUGACUCUUCUGGCUAUUUCUUUUUCCCUAAUCACAGCUAUGGUAUUCAGAAUCUUUCAGAAGCACCAGGAUACUCCCAUUGUCAAAGCCAACAACCAGAACCUCACCUACAUUCUCCUUAUCUCCCUCCUGCUCUGCUUCCUCUGCUCCUUGCUCUUCAUUGGACAGCCUGUAAAAAUUACCUGCCUUCUCCGGCAAACUACUUUUGGCAUUGUCUUCUCUGUGGCCCUUUCCAGUGUGUUGGCCAAAACCAUCACAGUGGUUGUGGCCUUCAUAGCUACAAAACCAGGAUCUAGGAUGAGGAAAUGGGUGGGGAAAAGACUAGCCCAUUCAAUCAUUCUUUCUUGCUCCUUUAUUCAAGCAGGACUUUGCAGUCUUUGGUUAAGUACUUCCCCUCCAUUUCAAGAUACAGACAUGCACUCGUUACCAGGGAAAAUCAUACUGGAAUGCAAUGAAGGCUCAACUGCCAUGUUUUACUCUGUCCUGGGCUAUAUGGGGUUUUUGGCCAUUGUCAGUUUCAUGGUGGCUUUCCUAUCCAGGAAGUUGCCUGACAGUUUCAAUGAAGCCAAGUUUAUCACUUUUAGCAUGUUGGUCUUUUGUAGUGUUUGGGUGUCAUUUGUUCCAACCUACUUGAGUACGAAAGGGAAAUCCAUGGUGGCUGUGGAGAUUUUCUCCAUUUUAGCUUCAAGUGCUGGUUUACUGGGGUGUAUUUUUUCCCCAAAAUGCUACAUCAUUAUGCUGAGGCCUGAACUAAACAACAGAGAACACAUGAUAAGGAUGAAAAGAAUAUUACAAUAG